AUGGCCUCCUCCUCCCAAACGCAAACACAACAAGUCCCUCUCGUGUGUCACGGCCACAGUCGCCCGAUCGUCUCUUUGGAGUAUUCCAAGGAGACACCCGACGGGACGUUUCUCGUGUCGUCCUCGAAAGACGGGAAACCGAUGUUACGCGACGCGCAAUCGGGCGAUUGGAUAGGCACGUUCGAAGGACACCGAGGCGCGUGUUGGGACGCGACGUUGAACGCGCCAGCCACGCACUGCGCGACGGCGAGCGCGGAUUUUUCGGCGAAACUGUUCAACGCCAUCACCGGGGAUUGUUUACACACGUUUGCACACAAACACAUCGUCAAGACGGUUUGUUUUAGCACGUGCGGGACGAAAUUAAUCACCGGCGGGAGCGAAAAAGUUGUCAGAAUAUUCGAUUUACGAAAGUUAGAGUUAGAUAGCAAGAAUAAGGAUAAGGAUAAUAUUACUAGCGUAACGCAACCGAUGAGCGAGUUAACGGGCGCACCGAGCCAAAUCAAAACCGCUCGGUACAUAUGUAACGACGAGUUGAUUUUGAGCUCGUGUUCGGAUAACCCGGAUUUAAGAGUGUGGGACGCGAGGACGGGGAUCAUAGCGACGACGUUGAAGACGGAAAACGCGGUGACGUCGAUUGAAAUUUCCGAGGACGGGAAGUACAUAACGACGGCAGACGGGAAGAACGUGACGUUGUGGGACGUCGGGUCGUUCCGACCGAUGGAGACGUGGAAGAUGAAGUAUAACAUGGAAUCGGCGUCGGUGUGCAUGAAAGAGGGGAAGUUCGUGUGCGGAGGAGAGGAUAUGUGGGUGCACGUGCACGAUUGCGCGAGUGGAGAGGAAAUCGGAGAGCCCGGGAAAGGACAUCACGGGCCCGUGCAUUGCGUUCGGUUCGCCCCGGACGGGAAGAGUUAUUCCAGCGGGAGCGAAGACGGAACGAUUAGGAUUUGGCAAACGCCGGCGAAGAAAGGAUGA